AUGGUCACCAACCGCGUCAGAGUCGUCGAGGGCUCCUGCUGGCCCUGCAAGAAAAGACGCAUCAAGUGCGAUCUUACCAAGCCGACUUGCGUUCGAUGCGCCAAGAUUGGUGCUGAUUGCGAUUUCAGCGUCCGGAGACUCAAGUGGUGCACCCGUCCGACCAUCAAGGCCCCGGCCAUCUACCAGAUCACGACCCGAGAUGUACAACUAGCUUCAUCGCUGGCCGCCGACGAGAGACGCGCACUCGACUACUUCCAUCACCGCCUAUGGCCGAUGUUCACCACCGCACCAGAACCUUGUGCCGCCCCAAUUCUGCAAGCCCUCGAGCAUCGAGUCGUGCUUCUGGCGACAUGUGUCAUUGCCGACGCCCACCGGGUGCUUCAAGACGGGCGUAACAGCCGCAACCUACUCCGCAUGAAGCGGCUAGAAUGCCUGGCGGCUUUGAGAGGCGAGCUGGGCGACACGCAAAUAGCCAAGAUCGACAAGGAGUCGCUGAUGACACUGCUUCUGGCAGUACUACUGCUCUACUUCCACGACGGGUACCUCGAGUGUGCACAAGCUUCCGCGUCGACUACAAGCCACCAUGGUGGUGUACGGGCAAUCGUCGACAGUCUGGGAGGCAUCAAUACCGUCCUAGAAACCAGCCACGAGUCGAUACAUAUGCUCCUUUCGGAAUUUGCGUCUACGGACCUCACAUCAGUCAUGCUGAAGGGCGGCCAGCCUGCCUUCAAGGCGGAGAUCUGGGAAACGAUAGAUACUCGAGCUGUUUGGUGGGGGAGAGAUAUUCUUGGCAGGUCUUCAUUGGCAUCAGUCUUCCAGCAGAUAUGUCGCCUGGCAUGGUAUCUGGAUGAGCUGAUCAAAGGAUCAGAGCAACUCUCCAUGUCGACCGUGCGAGACUUCGAGACUGCACUAUCGCCGGUGUAUGCCAGAAUCACCGAUGCAGCAGAGAGCGACACCGAAACUGAGACGGUGGCCAACGACGCGUUCACACUCAUUCGGGUAUUUCAACACACGGCACUCAUCUACAUGUACCGAGCCAUAUGCGGCCUGCCGGUCUCUCAUUCCCUCGUGCAGCAGCACGUUCUUCCGUGUUUGGAGUGCAUUCUAGACAUCAAGCAACCAUCCAAGGUGCUGAAUUGUGUCAUCUUUCCUCUUCUGGUGGCUGGUGCUCAUGUGUCCUCACCAAGAAAUCGAAAGGCGGUGUUGGGUUUGGUUCAGGUUAUCCGUGAUGAGAUACGAUUCGCUUCAUUUCAUUCUGUGUCUGAUGUUCUCACUGGGAUUUGGAAGGCUGAUCGGGAAGAGGUUUCAUGGUUUGAAAUGUUUUCGGAACUUGGAGUUGAUGCGAUUGUACUAUGA